AUGAGUUUGGGAGGCGACCGUCCAUUUCUCGGCACUCAUGUCACUCCUACAUCUCCUUAUGUUUGGCGAACUUUCAACGAGGUCUAUGUUACCGUUAAGAAGUUUGGCUCAGGUCUUCGGACUUUAGAUUCACUCUCCUCAGAACCGUUUAAAUGCGUCGGGAUUUAUGGAAAAAAUCGACCUGAGUGGUUCAUCUCGGAGUACGCCUGUUUUUCAUACAAACUUACCACAGUUCCACUAUUCGAUACGUUCGGAGAGGAGGCUUUACUGUACAUCUGUAAACAAACUGAGCUCUCUGUGGUGGUGUGUGACACGGCAGUUCAGGCUCUCAAACUGUUGAACUUAGCAGAAACCAUUCCUUUUGUUAAACACCUCAUCAUAAUGAACUCUGACGACGAUCUCACUGCACUUAAGGCGAGGGCCGGAGAUGGCAUUCAAGUCUUCACCUUUAAUGAUAUUUUAAUUCGUGGUGAGGCCUCCCCUCUGGAAACAACGCCCUCUGAACCAGACGACCUUGUUCUCAUUUGCUACACAAGCGGCACUACUGGCGUUCCAAAAGGUGUAAUGGCUACCAAUCGAAUGAUGUUGGCAAGCCUAAACAACAAUAUUCUUAACUGUGGUAGAGAUAUUAUAACGGAAGAUGGAGUCUACCUAUCUUAUCUUCCCAUGGCUCACAUAUUCGAGCAAAUGUUUAUCCUCCUCACGAUCUUCAAUCGAGGCAGAAUCGGUUUUUACUCGGGUGAACCGCGUCUCCUAUUUGAUGAUGCUAAACAACUGAAACCCACGCUAUGGACCGCAGUACCACGAAUUCUGCUGCGAAUAUAUGAGGGUGUUCAAAAGAAGAUUGAAAAUUCUGAAUUGAAGCAACGCCUUUUUGCCAUGGCCGUUGCAUCAAAAAUUAAUCGUGUGGACAAAUUCAACUUUUCCAAAAACACGAUUUGGGAUAUGCUGUUCUUCUCCAAAGUUCGCGCCCUCCUUGGUGGUCACGUUCAGGUUAUUGUUUGCGGUGGAGCUCCGCUGCCCCACUCACAUCCUUCGAUUCACACGUGCGGCCUUCUCAUGUUGGUUACAACUGUCCACUCUACCUCGACUAAUGCUAGUUUACCCUUUUUUUCGGACGUCACUAUUGUUCAUUCUCUUUAG